UCUGGAGGAACGAUUCGAUUCGAAUUGUUUAACAGACGAUCGACAGCUCAAAAUGUCAAUUCCAGCUCAAUUCUCGCUGGCAUUACAAUGAAUUCAGACGCGAGCUUUACCGUAGUGGAUCGUGAACUAAUUGCACCAGUAACCGCUCUGGAAUUUGACGAAAAAGGGAACCUUUUUGUCGGUGAAGGACCUUAUCUCAAAAUAUAUGAUGCUACCAUUGGAGAACUGGUUACAAAAGAGAGAAUAUUUGAAAGCCAAAGGAUACAUUCAAUAAAACUCUAUCAUUCAGACACACUCGGAACCAGGAUUGUCAUUUGCGGAGGACGGAUUGUGAGGGUUCUGGACAGGCGAAAUAGUGGCUCAACCAGCAAAGUCGAAACAAUUCACAAAGAGACAUUUAAUGACUGGAUUUGGGAUGUUUGCUUACUGCAGGAGACAACGACUGAGGAAUCCAAUCGCAUUGCUGUAGUUACAGGUCAUAAUGCUGUCUGGAUAUAUGAUUUUAACGAAGCCAAAAAGUGGUUGAUAUCUCAAUGCGAGGAACAAUGUAUUUUAUAUUGUGCGAGAUUCAUCGGUCGAACGUUGAAGCAGAUGUGGUUGGCGUGUGGAACAGUUUUUAACGAAGUUUUACUAUGGAAAGUUACGGAUAAGUCGCAAUGUUCUUGCGAUGGCAAGGUGCUUGUUAAAAAGCGACUGACAGGCCACGAUGGCGUGAUAUUCUCGGUGAGGUACAGCGAGGAUCGUGGAUUGCUGUGUUCGGUGUCAGAUGACAGAAGCAUACAAGUUUGGCGGGCUGUCUUCGCACCUGAUUAUUCAGAUGUUACAGUAUCGGCCAAGCCAUUGUUAACUCUUUAUGGCCACAAAGCGAGGGUCUGGGACUGUCUCAUCUUGAAGAACCAUAUUGUUAGCAUUGGAGAAGACUCAAUGUAUUUUGUUGUGGAAUUCUGAUGGAAAAAUAAUUCGCUCGUGGAAAGGGCAUAUCGGGAAAAGUAUUUGGUCUUUGGCUUGUACAACGGACGAACAAACGAUUGCAACGGGUGGUGGAGAUGGCGCCAUUAGGCUUUGGAUGCUUGAG